AUGAUAGAGGAAUCUAAUAAGAACGAACGUCAGGAGGAAAUUAUGCGAUUGAACGAGGUCCGAGCGAGGGUGAGAGAAGAGGGCAUCGAUCCAACAGAUUUCCCCAAAACUGAAACCGACAAAAUGUUCAUUCUAAACUGCCUCAAGAACCACUUCAUCUUUUACAACCUCUCAGAGAAGGAACUGGACAACGUCAAGGAUAGCAUGUUCCUUGCUGAAAUGCCACCCAACGCAGAAGUGUUCAGACAAGCAUCUCUUAUCUUGCUGCUGGAGUACUUUAUGAGUCAAGAGAUUGUUAUCCGAGACCUCAAGCCUGACAACUUUAUCGUGGAUGAGAAAGGUUACCUAAAGCUUGUAUCAUUUGGCUCUGCUAAAAUCAUCAACCAGCAUCAUAAAACGAACACUGUCAUCGGCACACCCCACUACAUGGCGCCAGAAAUCAUCCUUGGCAAGGAGUAUAAUGAGCUGGUGGAUUUGUGGUCUGUUGGAGUCAUGCUGUUUGAGUUUAUGGUCGGUGAACUCCCUUUCGGAGGCAAUACUGAGAAUCCUUACGACAUCUACGAGAGCAUCAUUCAAGGAAAUGUUGAAUUCCCAAGGAACUUCAAGGACAGAAGGGCUAAAAAAUUGAUUUAA